GCAAGCAAGAUGACCCGAAGACGACAGAGGAAGAGACCAAGAGAGAAGACGUGGCUGCUGCCUUUGUGCGAAAGAUUUUGCCUCAACUGCCGGCAGAUUGUGUCUAUGACGAGGAGCAGCACAAGCCGCCAGAAAACAGAGGCGUUUAUCAUAUACUGUUGCUCGGUCAGGGUGGUUCUGGGAAGACGCAUAUUGUGCAGAAUUUGAUCUUCCCCAUUGUGCAUUUCAUUUGGCCAGCAGAAGGAGAAGAAGACAGUAUGAUGGUUGUAGCCGCCAAAAAUGCACAAGCAAAGAACAUUUCGACUGAUCAGGUCGCUGCCAAAACGCUGCAUGCUGCCAGUUGCAUGCGUGUACAAAGUCUUUCAAACGGCAACAUGACUGCAGGAACUGCCGAGAAACGUUUGAAGACUUUGUGGAACAGCAUCCGAGUCUUGAUCAUCGAGGAGAUCAGCAUGGUUUCGGCUAUGAUGUACAACAUGCUAGACUUUCGAGCUAUGUUGGGUCGUCGUGUGGCUUGGCAUCUUCGGCCUACCGCACAGUUGUCUUUGCUGGAUGACUUGGAUGCAAAGAAUGCCGAUGGCGAGCUCAAGUACGAGGCAGUGGCACCUGAAGUACAGCACGCGCAAGAAGUGUUUGCAAACAUCCCCGAUGUUCAAGUCUGGCGAUCCUUUGAUCGACCUACUGCAGUGCAUGCGACAGGGGAAGAAGUUGCCAACGCCUCUUUGGCGGAAAUUCCAAGGCCGUUAUGCAAAAGACGCCGAGCCUGGUGUCCCAGACCCUCGCUUUUUUGA